GAUUUGAGUCCCCCUUUUCAUAUGUUGCUACGAGCAUUGGUUCCUACCAUGAGUAUAUAGCCCGGUGUCGUCUUCCGGACACGUUAUUGUUGCAUCAGCGUCACACUACUCAGCUCUGUGCAAUGUCGACUUCAGGUCAACAAGCCUUUGAGUACGGCUUCUUGCUACAAAUAAAUGAGGAAGCAGCACUUGAAGCUGCACUGAAUGACUACCUAACCACUCGCAGUUACCUGGCUGGUUUUAGCCCUUCUCAGGCUGACCAGAAAGCCUUUAAGCGUCUCUACAGACCCCCAGAUCCACAACAUGUCCACGCUCUGCGUUGGCACAGACACAUAACAGCCCUGCAGCAGGACCUGAGCCCACAAAGCAGCAGUAAAGGAAAGAGGGUCCAGCCUCAAUGGUCUCCACCAGCUGGAUCGGAUGUUCCUCAACUUCACCUCUUUAACAGCCUCACCAGAGCAAAGGAGCCAUUUGUUCCCCAGGAUGGGAACAAGAUCACGUGGUACAGCUGUGGGCCAACUGUGUAUGAUGCCUCCCACAUGGGACAUGCCAGAUCAUACAUCUCUUUCGAUAUUCUGCGGAGAAUUCUCAGGGACUACUUCAUGUAUGAUGUCUUCUACUGCAUGAACAUCACAGACAUCGAUGACAAGAUUAUUAAAAGGGCACGUCAGAAUUAUCUUUUGGACCAGUACAAAGAAAAGCAGCCGCAACCUGCCCAAAUACUGCAGGAUGUGCUGACUGCCCAAGUGCCAUUUCAGGCCCGUUUACUCUCGACUACUGAUCCAGAUAAGAAGCAAAUGCUACAAAGGCUUUAUGCUGCCAUCACUGCCGCUCUGCAGCCCCUGCAGGCGGCGAUGGAGAACAAAGUAGCAGAUGAAGUGGUGCAACCUCUGGCCCAAACACUCUUAGAUACUUCCAAGGACUUGCUGUCUGACUGGCUGGACAGCCAGUUUGGAAGUGAAGUGAAAGACAAUUCGAUCUUCUCAAUUCUGCCUACAUUUUGGGAGGGAGAGUACCACAAAGAUAUGAAGGCCUUGAAUGUGCUUCCUCCUGAUGUCCUUACUCGUGUCAGUGAAUAUGUGCCUGAGAUUGUGGAGUUUGUGAAGAAGAUUGUCUCAAAUGGCUACGGGUAUGAAUCAAAUGGCUCAGUUUAUUUUAACACUGCAAAGUUUGAUGCAAGUCCACAGCACUCGUAUGCCAAGCUGGUACCGGAGGCAGUUGGAGAUCAGAAGGCCUUGCAAGAAGGAGAAGGUGACCUCAGUAUUUCUGCUGACAGAUUGAGUGAGAAAAAGUCACCUAAUGACUUUGCCUUAUGGAAAGCAUCAAAGCCUGGAGAGCCUUCUUGGGAUUCUCCAUGGGGAAAGGGAAGGCCUGGCUGGCAUAUUGAAUGCUCUGCCAUGGCUGGUUCCAUUUUAGGAGAAUCAAUGGACAUUCAUGGUGGGGGGUGUGAUCUCAGAUUUCCCCAUCAUGACAACGAGUUGGCUCAGUCAGAGGCUUUCUUUGAGAAUGACUACUGGGUCCGCUACUUUCUGCACACAGGUCACUUGACAAUUGCAGGAUGCAAGAUGUCUAAAUCUCUGAAGAACUUUAUCACCAUAAAGGAGGCCUUGGCAAAAAAUACGGCACGCCAGCUCCGUCUCGCUUUCUUGAUGCAUUCAUGGAAAGAUACCCUUGAUUACUCUCCCAACACGAUGGAGUCGGCAAUCCAGUGCGAGAAGUUUCUGAAUGAAUUCUUCUUGAAUGUGAAGGACAUUUUGCGUGCUCCUACAGACAUCACAAGCCAGUUUGAGAAGUGGGAGGCAGCAGAGGUAGAGCUUAACAACGGUUUCUACAUCAAGAAGUCAGCCAUCCAUAAGGCUCUGUGUGACAACAUUGAUACCCGCACAGCCAUGGAGGAGAUGAGGCAGCUGGUUGGUCAGUGCAACAGCUACACCGCCAACAAAAAGAAUGCCAAGCUUAGACCCAACCGCAUGCUGAUGGAAAGUAUUGCUGUGUAUCUGACCAACAUACUAAAGAUAUUCGGUGCUAUUGAAGGACCAGAGCCUAUAGGGUUCCCAGUGGGAGGACAAGGACAGAAUGUUGAACUGGAGAGCGUAGUUAUGCCUUACCUCACAGUCCUCUCUGAGUUCAGAGAGGAAGUGCGAAAAAUUGCCAAACAGCAGAAGGUGAUGGAGUUGCUUGAACUCUGUGACAGUGUUCGUGAUGAUACAUUACCAGAGCUAGGUGUCCGACUGGAAGAUCAUGAGGGACUGCCGACAGUGGUGAAACUGGUGGAUAAGGAGACAUUAAUGAAGGAAAAGGAUGAGAAGAAGAUGCUGGAUGAAGAGAAGCAAAGGAAAAAAGUGGAGGCUGCCAAAAAGAAAGAAGAACAGGAGAUGGCAAAGCUUGAAAAAAUGAAGAUCCCUCCUGGCAAAAUGUUUCUCCCAGAAACGGACAAAUACUCAAAAUUUGAUGAAACGGGUUUCCCCACUCAUGAUGCCGAAGGAAAGGAGCUCAGCAAAGGACAAGCAAAAAAGUUGCGCAAGCUUUUUGAUGCACAAGAGAAGUUACACAAUGAGUAUCUUAUUAGCAAAAAUGGCAACUAAACCUGACCCUCCAGUCAAAGCUUACAUUCUUACUUAUGGUUGCCCCAACGGACAACUCGAUGUGUUUUACCAUGUUUUUAUUACUGCUCUAUGACAAGCUAUUGUACAAGGAAACCCGUUUAUGUCGACAAGUCCUGGUUCACCGUAUUAUUCAUUACUAAAAAGUACCCACUUACACUGCACAAACGUCCACAAUGAUACUCCAGAUACAGUACAUAAUUACAGACUUCUUUGGCCUACCACUCGAUGGAUGAAAAUUGUCGUUACUGCCACAAGUGGUGGAAAAGUGUAUUUCAACUGAGUACCAGAAACAAAUAUGUUUUGACGGCUGUCUAUAGAGUGCGCUCGUGGGCCACAAUGGGCCUUGGCCCUAUAGUUAAGGAACCCUGCUCUCCAGGACAUAUAGACACACAUUCCUGGAAAUUUUUACAAAUGUGAACACAAAAUAUUCGUACCCUUUCAAAUAAACCAUGUGAAACGACAUUUCUUUACAUGAAGAAAAAAGGCCUAAUCAUUAAUUUAUCUGAUCCUUCCUCGCAGACUUCUCCAAUCCAAUUAAUUGGUCAAUGAAUCAUGUCACAAUUGAUAACAGACUAUUGGGACAAUUUAGUCAUUUUGAUCUAGGUAAUUAAAAAUAUAUGUUUAAUGUUUACUUGAGAUGACAGCUUAAAAAUUGUGUAGUAGUAGUAGUCAGACACAUGUUUAUUAAAAAAAAAUUGUUUAUUGAAGAAGAAAAAAAAUUUUAAAUGCAGAUAUCAAAUGUAAUAAUCAUACAUAUGAGGCGUGUCAGAAAAGUUCCAGGACUGUUCUUCGAUGUGAGUGACAUUGUCAUCUGUGAAUUGUUGCCACAGCAAAGACAUCCAAUGAUGUUUGCUUUGUUCAGUGCGAGAGUUGUGCAGGACAAUUUGUGGCUGAUUUUCAUGACAACACAUGCUUUGUGCAUUCUAGAUGUGCAUUCUAGAUGAACAUCGUUGGGCUAGAGCAACCUCUCUUUGUGUGCCUUUUUUUUUUUAAGGUUUUUUUUUUUUCAUCUUUCCCAGGCACAUUGUGAAGAGUGCAUGAAUGUCAGAAGACCACAAAAGGGUUUUAGAUGCUGGGGGAAUCUUCGUACUUUGGAUUUAAAAUAGAUCACAGCACAUGUUGAUUGUUUCUACUGCUUUGUGUCCAGAAGAUAAAAAGUGUUGCUUUAUUUUUAUUGGCUGUUUUCUGCCAGUUUUGACAUCCAUCUCUCACUGGAAAUGAACUUUGGUGUUACUUAAUCGACCAUAAUUGUAGGAAAAUUACCCCAUGUAAUAACUGGUGUUUAAAUAAAUACUACCAAACAUUG